UCAGCUAAUUGUUUUGUGACUUUGUGUUGUGUUCGUUCGUUCUCUCUCAUCUCAUCCUAACAAUUAUAUUUUAGUGUUUAAGCUGCUUAUUAUUUAGAAUUCUUCAAAUAAUAAUUAGGUAUUUGAAAUGAUAGAAGAUGACAAUAAAACUUUGUGGUGUGGGAAUUUACCUGAACAGGCAACAGAAGAGUUGUUAUACGAAUUAUUUUUGCAAGCUGGGCCGCUGGAGAAGGUGCGAAUAGCCAAGGAUAGAGAUGGACGCCAAAAAAACUUUGCUUUCAUCACUUAUAGUCACGAAGUCUCUGUGCCAUAUGCCUUAAAUUUGUUCCGUGGGACUGCACUCUUCCACCGAAAGCUUUCCCUUCAAAGUCGUGGUCGCCUAGCAUGGUUGCCGCCUCCAAUAAGAUGCACUGGACCAGAGCUAAAUCUUGAGUUUAGCGGACUAGCUAAUGUUGCUCAACAGUUUGUGGAUAUGACAGAGAGGUUGCAGGAAGAAGAGUACAGAGCUAUCCAUGGUAUCCGCCAGCCUCAUGAUUAUAAUGAUAAGUUGGUGGUAGCUAGCUUACAAGGCAACUGGAGUCACCGUCACCACCCAUACAUGCCCAAUAAGGACAAACUGAACCAUAAUCCACACAACAGAGAUGAGUUUCGUCAACGUGAGAAUAUUAGUGACAGAGGGAAUCAGCGAAACAAACAUGCUAAUAGCUGGAGAGACAGGAGGAACCAUAGGAAAGGCAAUUAUCAAAGAAGAGAUUGAUUUUUUCAGAGAUUAGCAAAACACAUUUUGACCAAAUAGUUUUAAUCUGCUCAAUGCUCAGGUCUUAUGUAUGAAAAAACAACUUUUAGAUUUUAAGCUUUUACUUCGCAUGUGCCCCGAUUGUAUUGUGAUGCUAUUGUGGUACAUUUGUUUUUAUUAUCCAGGAUUGAAAAGUUAAAGCAAAAGUUGCUGUAAUAUCUGGACAGAUUGUUUAAGAUACUUACCACUGCCAUGAAUUAACUCUCUCAUCCACUCAUGUUCCUGGUUGUAUUCUAGACAUACUUGUCUGAUGCCCAGGAUCAGUGUAUUGGAACCUUUAAAAUUUUUAAAGUUUUGACUGAAUGAAUAACUGGCAACAGGCUUGAUAUAGCUGAACCAUCCUAUUCACAUACUAAGUAGUUUCGUUUUAAACUGUAAAUUUUACUGGUUUAUAACCAUUUACUGGUGAAUCUCCUCUAAUUCCGAUUCAAAACCAUCUUGUCCAUUAGUAAAUGAUGUCUCAGUCUAGAUAAAAUGCUAGAACUGACAUCCUUCACUUGUAUGACUGCGAGCACCGCAAGCCUCAUAUGACACAUUUUGCCUGCGCUGCCUCCCCGCGACCAUUGGUGCUGCCCACCGGGGCUUAGCACUUGAAGCCUUGUACCGGGCACAAGCGGCACUCACAGCACAUUGCAUGCUGUGAAUACUAGCAUCCACAUUUACCAUGCUGGGACAUGGCCGACCUUCCGUGCAAGUCCACCGCCGCUCCAUUCUUUUCCGCCACUUCCAAAGCACAUGGCAACCUCAUUGCAUUUGCGAGAGAUAUGUUCUCGUCUUUGGCAAACAACCUUUGACGGAUCGCUGGAGACUCCACAAGCAAACUGAUCCCUCAAAUUCUCUGCCAACGUAGUUUAGAAGUCACAUCUACGAGGUAUUUUCUUUAAUUCACCCACAUAUCCUACAGUUGCUCGCUUAUGCGAGGAAAAUAAACAUGCGCUAAAAUUUUUACAGAUCCAGACGACCCCAUUACGGUUGCUAAUCCCCCUUCUGAAAACUCACGAGGUAAUCGCAGGGCCCAGGGUAUUUCGAAUAGCAGAAACCGCACUCGCCGGAAUCGACUGCGAGGUAAUAGGACAUCUUCAGCGUUCACUCGGCACCGCCCGGCGGCACCAGGACGCUUCUCUCAAUGGGCCAACCUUGAGCAAUAUACCACUCUGGCCAUUUUUCAAGUAACGCCCAAAGCCGAGGUUCGUUCCCACCUGGGAGCCCUUUGAGCUGUUACUGUUUCGGCUGUACGGUCCUUGCGACUGUCGCCAUAUUUCCUCCGGUUAAGCAGUAAAGGUCGACGUAGCGACCAACUACAAGUAGGCUUCGAUAAAAAAAAUGUACUAAAAUUAUGAGAAAAAAACGGGACAGAAUGCUAAUGUUUUGUUCCACAUCAUGUGCCCGGUUUACUGCUUUGUAUGAAACUGGCCUGAAAGUUGUAUGAAAAUGCCGUUUCUAUCUCAUUUGGCUGUAUCGACGUAAAAGAUGGACUUAUUUGUUGAGAAUAUUCACUAGCAGGCUGAUGAAAAAAAAACAUAGCAUCUUGAAGAUUGGAGUAUAUAGAUAGACUUGAGUCCUCUUUCGACAUGUAGUUUUAGUAAUUUUAGGACAACACAGGACAAGUUUUAGUAAACUACAUGUCAAAUGAGGGCAAUAGAUGAGACAAAAUUAACACCUCAAUAAGAAAAACUUUGCCUUAAAACUGUCUAAAAUGUAGUCAAUAAAACAAUUAUUGUUUUUUAUAUACAUAGUUUAAAAACUUAAAUAUUGAUGUUGAAUAGUGCAAUGUUUCCAAAAGACCAUUUGUAUAUAAAUAUAAGACUUCAAAAAUUA